AAUCUUCAACUGUAACUGUAUCUCUUCUUCUUCCUUCUUCUUCUUCCUUUCUUCUUCGCUCGCACCUCGCGCACGGAGCCGGAGACGGACUGCGACGAUGCCUGUGAAUGCUGCGCUGCCAGCUUCGGCAAGAGCGGGAGCUUCCGCCGCCUGCGCUCCCGACCGCCGGCUCGGCAUCUGCGGCCGCCGCCGCGCUCUCUCCCCCCUCCUCCGCCCUCGCCAGUCCUCCGCUCGCGCCGUCAGCGCCCGAUCGUGGCCGCCCGUUUCGGUCGGCGAUAGGCGGCUCGCCAUCGCUCGCAAGCUCGCGUUCGUCGUGAGAGCAGCCGAUUCCACUCAGCCUGCGUCCGCUGGCAAGGCGAUUAUCCCCGACGAUGAGUUCUCUCUAGCCAAGGUUUCAUUCGGUGUUAUCGGAUUGGGAGUUGGAGUUUCGCUCCUGUCUUAUGGAUUUUGUGCAUAUUUCAAUAUCCUCCCUGGUUCGGAAUGGUCUGCCUUGAUGCUGACAUAUGGUUUCCCUCUGGCAAUUAUUGGUAUGGCUUUGAAGUAUGCAGAGCUCAAACCGGUACCAUGCUUGACAUAUUCAGAUGCUCAAAUGUUGAGGGAGAACUGUGCCACCCCAAUCUUAAAGCAGGUUAGAAGCGAUGUCAUUAGAUAUCGAUAUGGGGAUGAGCAGCAUUUGGAUGAGGCGUUGAAACGAAUCUUCCAGUAUGGCCAGGGUGGUGGAAUCCCACGAAGGAGUGCACCUAUACUACAGAUGAUCCGCGAAGAAGUCACCGAGGAAGGAAAAUACUGCUUGGUUUUGGUAUUUGAGGCAAAAGCAUUGCAGCUAUCUGAUUUUGAGCAAAGACAGGCGAAGUUUGCUUCGUUCUUUGGACCUGGCAUUUCAGCUGAAGUAGCGAAGGGAGAGCAGGAUCUCUAUGAAGUGAGACUCAUCUCCAACACAACCCUGAACACAUCGUCCUGACGGAGGAAGCUCACUAACACAAUUCUUUUUCUCCCUCCUGGUACUUCAGUGCUCCCGACGGAACGUCACAGAGAAAGCUUCUCAGAGAGAGACUCUCCAUAGCGUUUUCCUUUGCCAAUGGCAUUGUAACCGGAUGAGAGGUCAAAUGAUACAUAUCAUAUGACCGAUAUACAAAUUGUAUCGAUCCACAUUCUAUUCUAGGAAUACCUGCAUAUCAA